GGCCAUACCUAUUCAAACCACCACACUGGGCGAGGCUCUCUUGCUGAACUCAGAACUCACUGGAGCUGGAUUGGCCAGGCAAGCUAGCCUGCUCAAGAGGGAACCUAGGACUUGCCAGGUUUUAGGGUUCUGGGGAAUUCAAACUCCCAUCCUUAGUGCUCUACCCACAGAGCCGGCUCCUCAGUCUUCAUUUGUUUUUUUGGCAACGCUAGACGUGAACCACAGGGGCUGACACAUGUUAGGUGAGUGCCUACCCCGGAGCUGUGUCCCAGCUUGCCGCCGGGAGCUUUCUCCUGUUCUGGAAAAAACCUUGGUGGUGACCCAUGACUAUGUAAUAACCAGGCUAGCUUAGAACUUGCUAUGCAGGCCAGGAUAGACUCAAACUUGAAGCUAUUCUCCUGCCUCUCACUCCUGAGUGCUGGGAUUAGAGAGUGCCACAUUAAACUCCUGAUCUCUCAGCCUCUACCUCCUGAACACUGGGAUUAAGGCAUUUAUCAUCAUGUGUGGCUUAUGCCAGGCCUGGGAUGGAGUGUGAGGCUUCGUGCAUGCUAAGCUAAUACUCUACCAACCACAGGACACCCCGGCCCUCAUUUGAUUUUUUUUUUAAGUAUUGAUGUAUUUGUGGGUAUGCAUACGUGUGCAAGUGUGGUCAGUGGGUUCUUACCUUCUACCUUGUUGAGACAGGGUCUCUUGUCACUGUUGCUACUGCACUUUGUACCCCAGGCCAGCUGGCCUGUCAGUCUCCUGUCUCCACCUCCCAUCUCCCUGUAGGAAUGUUCAUCUCACACAUUUGGGCCACCAGGCUUACCCUCUGAGUCAUCUCUUCUUUUCACACUUAGGGGCUCUUAUCCAAGAAUCUCCUUUCCACUCCACUGUCUAUUCUUAGAUUCUUGCAUGGUGUCUUCUCUGGUUUUGGAAGUCCAGAUCCAUUCUGCUUCUCUGUGGGUGCUGUUUAACAGGGCUGGGCAGAGUUGAGAAGUCAGUUCUGCCAGGCCAGCCUUGAUGCCUCUCAAAUUGGGUUAAAGUCCCUCUAAAACAUCAGCCAAGGCCUGAUGUGCCAGCCACACCUGAAGCGCCUCCCUGAGCUCCUCUGCUAAUUACCGGCUGCAAGGAAAUAUGGUAUCCACCCAGGCCUGCUGGACCAGCUGCUCCUACAACCCAGGGUCUGUGGUCACUGCUCUGAAUCGGCCAGCAGCGGCUCCAGCUGCCAAGGAGAAAUCCUUGAAAGGCCCGGGGGAUGCUGCAGAACCGCGUCUUGCUAUGGAAGGAGCAAUCGGAGGCCAGCCGCAGCCCGUCGCGUGCCCACUCCCCGGGGCUGCUGGGCCCCGCGCUGGGGCCGCCCUACCCCUCGGGCCGCCUGACGCCCACCCGGCUGGACAUGCCCCCGAGGCCCCUGGGAGAGUACGGCUCCCCCCGCAGCCGGCACGGCUCCGGCUCCUACGGCCCCGAGCCCGCCGAGGCGAGGUCCGCGUCCCAGUUGGAGCCAGACCGCCGAUCGCUGCCCCGGACGCCGUCGGCCUCCUCGCUCUACGCUAGCAGCACCCAGCGCUCGCGGUCCAAUUCCUUCGGCGAGCGCCUGGGCGGCGGCGGCGCCAGGAGAGUCCGCGCCCUGGUCUCCCACUCGGAGGGUGCCAAUCACACGCUGCUGCGCUUCUCGGCUGGAGACGUAGUUGAGGUGCUGGUGCCCGAAGCUCAGAACGGCUGGCUCUACGGCAAACUGGAGGGCUCGUCCGCGAGUGGCUGGUUCCCUGAGGCCUAUGUGAAACCUGUGGAGGAGAUACCAGUGAAUCCCAUGAACCCUGUGGCCCCUAUGAACUCCAUGGCCCCCAUGAGCCCAAUGAAUGAACUGCCUUCCAGGUCCUACCCACUCCGGGGCAGCCACAGCCUUGAUGACCUCUUGGACCGGCCAGGCAAUCCCACAGCGUCUUCGGAAUACUGGGAUAGUCAGUCCCGCUCGCGGACCCCGAGCCGUGUCCCCAGCCGUGCCCCCAGCCCCGCACCCCCGCCCUUACCCAGCAGCAGGCGCAGCAGUGUGGGCAGCAUGGGGGCAGCCACCGACGUCAAGAAACUUAUGUCCUGGGAACAGAACCCCCCAGAGCUCUUUCCACGGGGUACAAAUCCCUUUGCCACCGUGAAGCUUCGUCCCACAGUCACCAACGACCGCUCAGCACCCCUCAUCCGCUGAGGCAAAGCCCUCCGCCGGGGCCUGAGGUGGCCCAGUACACCUGCCCAGAGCUAUUCCAUCCGGCAGCAGGCAGCAGCAGCAGUGGAUCUGAGAUGCCAGGCGCCAACCCAGGGGACCAUUCUUACCCCUUUGCCCCUAGCCCAGGAUCUCCCUGAGGGCUGGACUUGCAACAGGAAGCAGGUAGAAGGGGGUGGAAGCAUAGAGCAACUUGUUGCUUUCGGGACCCAAAGACUCUUCCGGGGAUCCAGCAUCUUGCCUUCCAUUCUCUUUCUGCCUGUGCCCCAAUGGGAAGCACCCCCUCUCCCACCUCUGUCCCAACUGUACCCCUGUUUAACUUUUUGUAAAUGAUAAAAAAAUAAAUAAAUAAAGGAAGUGGACACAG